CAGUCUGUCUGUUACCUAUGAUGAAAUGUACCAGGGACGUAAACACUUCAGGCUGGAAAUGAAUACAGUGAGGCUGAUAGACUACAGUAUGCUUACUGUUGUGCAGGGUACAGAAGAGAAGCGGCCAGAAGAGCUAACAUACAGUACUCUACCAAAAGAUCUCUUGUCUGUUUUGUUUCUCAUCUAGGCUCGAAUGUAUAUUGUGGAGUAAAUUAUGAAAUUUCCCUGAGGGAUACAUAAACUUGUAUAUACUUACAUGUGUAUGACCAUUAGCUGGGUUAAACGUCCAUUGAGUUUGUCAGCUUGUGUUAUACAGAAGAAGACUUUACUUGUAAAAUAAGAGCUUUCCUGGGAGCUGCUAACAGAAACUGGAGAUGUCUGAGAACAGCUCAAUUUCCAAUAAAAUUUCUCGUCAAACAGCUUCACAUCUGGAUUACGUUUGGGAAUAUGAGUAUUAUGACUAUGAACCUGUUUCUUUUGAAGGACUGAAAGCCCACAAAUAUUCCAUUGUGAUUGGAUUCUGGGUUGGCCUGGCAGUCUUUGUUAUUUUUAUGUUUUUCGUAUUGACCUUGCUGACGAAGACAGGAGCUCCACAUCAAGAAAACCCUGAGCCUUCUGAAAAGCACAAUCGUAUCAACAGCUUUGCAGUCGAUUUUCAUCGCUCCCAGGAGUCAGACAAAGUCCUCUCUUGUGAGGUAGUGGAGGAGUCCCGCUCACUGUUCCACUGUUACAUCAAUGAGGUGGAGCAUUUGGGCAGAGCCAAACUGAACAGCAAGGCUUCAGGCCCGAAACACAGUAACCUUCACGUCCGAGAAACACUGGGUGACGACGAACUCGAUGAGGAAAUGAACUCCCUUGCAAAGUUCAACAUCCCUAACUUUGUCAGUUCAGAGCAGAGUUCCACACUGGGUGAUGAUGACUUACUGCUCUGUGAGCAGCCAAUCAUUUUGAAUAAUAAUGGUGACGAUUCAUCCACACUAAAUCCUCAGCUAAGAAGCCAGACCCCACAUGGAUUAUUUUAAAGAAAAUGAUUUUACUGUGUAGGCCCUUGACCACAACCCAUAUGGACAGGUGUAGCGUUUUGUGUGGCUGCAUAAUGUGUUGCAUGUACAUAUAUUGCAAUGUGUUCCAUAUAGCACUGCCCUUGCAUACAUGCAUGAAAUUGACACUUUAAUAUUAGAGUAAGGUCAAAUCUAUGACGCAUAUGCAUAUUACAUACAAUGUGUGCAACAUAUAUUGGUUUCCACAUGAGCAAACAAUGAAUUUGAGAUGCUAUGUAAGUUUUGUGUAUGAGUAAGCUACAGUAUAUGCCGUUAUUUCAUUUUAACUUCUGUACAGUAUGUGUAAAGGAAUCUCAUUGUUCAAUUACCAUAACCGUAAAACAAUAAUCCUUGUGUUACAUGGCCCAAUGUUUUGAAAUAGUAAUAAAAUAGAAAACAGUGAAGUUGACAUUUUAACAUCAAAAUUAACCAUGAAUAUCUGAAUACAAAAUGAUGUCUCUAUAAAAGAUGUUUUACAAACUUUCAGCAAAAUACACAAAUCAUCCCUCGCUUACAUAGCAUUUAUUCUGCUCCAAUGUACAUGCAAGCUGUAAUUUUCUCAAGCAUCCUCAUUCUCCCCACUAACACUACCAGGUGUCAGUUCCGUGUUACUGGGGACUGUUGUGUUAAUUAAAACUUCCCCAUCCUCUCGCAACUUGGUUGGAUGCCCCAAUAUUUUGGGUGGGGGUUGGCCCAAAUGUUCUUGAGGACUCCCAGCCCAAGCUUAUAGCUCUGGCAUGUUAUCAGAUGGUUUUUUCCAUGUGCAAGUCAUGUUUUUUUUCAUUUAUGCAAUUAAUUCUCAUCAGCCUCAGGCUUAAAAACCUGAAUUUGGCCAAAUUUCUCUUUCUAAACCUAUUUAAAACUUUUUGAAGUAUUGUGUGCAGUAAUACACACUUUUAAAAUAAUUGUCUUUUAUGUUGAUAUUGAAGCUGGAAAGAAAAACAACAUCAUCAAUUAAUGAAUGUUACUGUGAAAUCUGUUUUUGAAAGUGAUAUAAAACAGGGACCUGUGUUUUGUUUAAUUAUGCAAUCUAGAACAGUUUCCAAGGCUUGUGUCGGCAGAAGCUGUGUAAAAUUUAUCCAACAAAAGGCACAAUUGUUCAUGUACGAUAUCCACAGUUAAACUGAAUACUGUUGUGUAACAAAUAUGAAACCAAUAUCUCAAAGCAUUUGGUCUGUAUCAUCUGUAAACUUAAAAAGACACAUGUAGUCAUAAAAGGUUAUAGGUUAAAGUAAAAGAUAGUAAAAUAGGAGUUUCCUUAACAUUAAGAAUAUGAAGUUAGAAUCUAAAAUGGUUUUGAAGAUACAAGCUAAUGAAGUAGUCUUACAAAAACAUGUACUGUAAGCCCCCUUAUGAGUAUGCUUAAUAAAUCCCCUUGUGUCAUUGUGUGUG